CGAUUGCCCGUCAUCAGUUGCAUCUAGCGCAUCCAACACUCAAGUUUGAUAAAACCUGAGUUCUCCCUGAUCAUAAAAGUGAAAUAAAAAUUAAAAGUUUGUAAAAUGUUGAAAGUAAUUUGCAUUUUGGCCGUGGUCGUUUUGGCUUGCCAUCAAUUAGAAGCUGUUCCUCAUGGACACAAGUCGAUCACGGAGAUGUCAGAGGCUGAGCUCAUGCAUAAAUUCGAGAAGUUUAUGAAUAAUGAUCAAGAAGCCCGUGCAAUUCGCGAAAUGUACGAAAAGGAAAUGGCCGGACACAAAAUGCGUAAACGACAGGCUGAGAUGAAUGGAAUGGACGGUGAAGGUGAAGAAGGUGGUGAUCCGAAUACAGCAGGAGCCGAAGGAUUCUUGGACAGGGCCGCAAAAUUCGUUUUAGAGUUAGUGCAGAGGUUUCUUAAGUGGAUUAAUACGGACUAGUAUUAAGAACGCUGUCAUUGGCUUGGUCACUGGUUAAUUGUUUAUGUAUUGACUCUGUUUAUAUUACCAUGUACAGUUGUUGGUUUCUUUUUUUUUCCAAUAAAAUAAUUACGAAAUA